GUGUUGUAUGACAUUAUUGACAUUUAGAACAUAAUAUUACAUCUGUGAUAUUACAUGUGAAUGUCACAUGUGUGUCUAAGUUACAUAAAAAGUAUUUGAUAAAUCUGAUUUUGAAAAAUAGAAAAAAAUCCACAUUAACAAGCAACAUUAAACGUUUAAAUAAACUAAAAAAAAAUACAGUCUUUUGAAACAUUUAUAAUGGCUUUACGUUGGGGCAUUGUAAGUGCAGGCAAAAUUUGCCAUGAUUUUGUCACUGCUCUUCAAACUCAUCCAAAGUCUGAGCACCAAGUUGUAGCCGUUGCGGCUCGGGCAUUGUCAAGUGCCGAAAAUUUUGCCAAAAGCCAUGGAAUUCCUAAAUCUUAUGAAGGUUAUAUUAAAAUUGCUGAAGACAAAGAUAUUGACAUUGCAUAUAUUGGAACUCUAAAUCCUCAACAUUUUGAAGUGGCUAAAAUGAUGCUAGAACAUGGUAAACAUGUCCUGUGCGAGAAACCGCUCACAAUGAAUGAAAAACAAACACGCGAGUUGGUGGAUAUUGCCAAAAAAAAUAAUUUGUUUUUGAUGGAAGCUAUUUGGAGUAGAUGCUUUCCUGCAUAUCAGGAGUUAAAAAAGGUUUUGGAUUCUGGCAUUAUUGGGGAUGUACUUCAAGUGAAUGCUUCUUUUGGAUUCAAUUUACUAAAUGUUGAGAGAAUGAGGUUAAAAGAACUAGGUGGUGGAACGAUACUUGAUUUGGGAGUUUAUGUUUUGCAGUUUCAACAGCUGGUUUUCAAAGGAGCUACUCCGACGAAAGUUCUAGCUGUUGGUGGUCUGAACAGUGAAGGAACCGAUGACUAUACAAGUUCUAUCUGGACAUAUCCCGGUGAUAAAGUGGCAAAUUUGACAACGUCAGCAAAAGCGCAAUAUCCUAACGAAGCAGUAAUAAUUGGAACUAAAGGAAUAAUAAGAGUUCCAGAUUUUUGGUGCUGCACUGAAUUUAUCACUCCCGAAAGAACGCACAAAUUUGAUUUGCCAAAAACGGAUAUUCAUUUCAAUUUCCACAAAAGCGUCGGUUUGUCAUAUGAGAGCCAACACGUUAGAGAAUGUAUCAAAGCCGGUAAAACCGAAAGUCCUCUUUUGACUCAUGCGGAAUCAAUCCAGUUGGCUCAUCACAUGGAUACAUUAAGACAGUUAGUUGGGGUUGUUUUCCCAGAGGAUAAAUAACGAGAUACACUGAUCGACCGGCAUAAUUAUCGCAUCACUUAAAUUUUAAGAUUUAAAAUGCCUAAAUGGUUCUGAAAUAGUACAAAAAUUGAUGAUGUAGGAUAGUAGCAUUAUCAAGUAACUCAGUCGACUAUGGAUUUUUCAAAAACAAUUGGUGUAGAUUCAUUGUUUACUGAAUAAAUGUUAAAUUAUCAAAAUCACUGCUAAUUUUCGAGAGACAACAAUUAAAAACUGAGCUUCUUUCCAGGCUUGAGGAGGCAAUACUAGGUAUUAAUGAUUGUCUCCGAAUGUAACAAAAGCUUAUCUAAGCUAAAAAACUGAUCCGCACGGAAUUCGCUGUUUUAUUUCUUUUGACGUUCAUUAAAUUGUAGUUUAAUUGUAGAAGUUUAAGUAGUAAUUUUAGUUUAACUUAACGUUAAUUAGCUAAUUAAUUAAUUUUUGAUGCAUUUAUUUUUUUAAGCGUUAUUUCAAUAAAAAAAUUUAAUUCAAAAUUGAUGCGACAAUUUUGCCGGUGAGUGUAUAUACUUACUAAUAUUUUUGUACAAUAAAAUAUCAAUAAACUGAUAA